CCGGCGGCCGAGGAUUGCCAGGCCUAUCACUUCAGCCCGGCCACGCGCUUCCGCAUCGUUGUCCUUGAUGCCUACGACCUGAGCAUCCUGGGCAGGGAGCCGGACAGCCCCCACUACCGGGAGUCCCUGCAGCUGCUGCGGGAGAAGAACCCCAAUGACAACCUCAACAGCCCCGCAGGACUCAAAGAACCUCAGUUUGUAGAGUUUAACGGAGGAUUUAGCCAAGCCCAGCUGGACUGGUUCAAUGAAGUCCUCAAGUUCUCUGACGAAAACCAGGAAAAAGUUGUAGUUAUGGGUCAUCUGCCCAUUCAUCCAGAUGCUUCAGACAGGGUUUCCCUAGCCUGGAAUUACGAAGAUGCCCUUUCAGUCAUACACUCCCAUCAGUGCGUGGUCUGCUUUCUUGCCGGACACCUGCACGACGGUGGCUAUUGUUUAGACUCUCAUGGAGUUCAUCAUCUGACUUUGGAGGGGGUUAUUGAAACUUCACCAGAAAGCAAUGCCUUUGGAACUGUUUAUGUCUAUGAAGAUAAAAUGAUACUAAAGGGAAGGGGUAGAAUUUCAGACAGAGUUAUGCAUUUCUGAAAAUGGCAAGCAAAUAAGAACUGUUCUUAUUCAGGAAGUACUUGGACAAAAAAGCAGGG